AUGGAUUCGGUUCAAGGUGAGUGCGAUCCCAGAUUCGCCAGAGUCAAGGAACUCCUUGCGCAAUACCUUGAUUCAAACGAGGAACUGGGUGCAUCCAUCUGCAUCAAUCUUGAUGGCAGAACUGUUGUCGACAUUUGGGGGGGACAUGCAGACUUGGAACGGACCGAGCCAUGGACAAAGAACACGGUUGGGCCGGUUUGGUCGACAACAAAAUGCGUCACCAACUUGGCUGCUUUGAUUCUGAUCGAUCGCGGUCUCCUUGACCCAGGAGAAAAGGUCGCGAAAUACUGGCCGGAAUUUGCGGCAAACGGAAAGCAAGACGUUGAAGUCCGACACAUUCUGAGCCACACCUCCGGCCUGGCAGCAUGGGACACCCCAAUCACAGUGGAAGAUAUUUACGACGUACCAAGCGCAACGGCAAAGUUGGCCCGCCAAGCUCCUUGGUGGACACCUGGCACAUCAUCUGGGUAUCAUCUGAUUAGUCAAGGUCACCUCGUCGGGGAGCUUGUACAAAGAGUUAGUGGCAAGUCUCUCAGAGACUUUGUCAAAACCGAGAUUGCAGUGCCACUUGGUGCAGAUUUUCAGAUUGGCGCCGACGAAGAAGACUGGGAUCGAAUUUGUGAUAUUGUUCCUCCGCCACCACCCUCUGUCAUGCCAGACGGUAUUGACCCAGAGAGUGUCAUGAUGAAAGCUUUUAAUGGAACUCCCAUGAAGGCUGAGAACGCUUCAACUGCAGAGUUCCGCAGGGCUAGAUUGGGGGGCAUGGGCGGCUUCGGCAACGCCCGGUCUGUCGUUCAAAUCCUCUCGGCCAUCACCCUCGGCGGUUCUGCUGCCGGGAAACAGCUCCUGUCACAAAAGACAGUCGAUUUGAUCUUCGCAGAGCAAUCAAAUGGGAUGGACUUGGUUCUUGCCACUCCACUCACGUUUGGAGUCGGGUUUGCCCUAGCCACCAAGGCUCAGACGAAUGGAUGGGUUCCGCAGGGUAGGACGUGUUUCUGGGUUGGUUGGGGAGGCUCGGCUGGUAUCAUGGACAUGGACAAAAGGAUGACUAUAGGCUACACAAUGAAUAAAAUGGGAGAGGGUAUGGUGGGAUCGUCUCGAACCGAAGGCUACGUCAGGGCCAUCUACUCGGCUAUGUCUGACGUGGAGGCUGACGUGUAG